UAAUUUUCAACAUUUUUCGUGAAUAUCUCGAGAAUAUCAAGCGCCAGCUCCACAAUAUCAGGAUCAGAUACAUCGAGAACGUAUGCGAGUUGACUUGGGGGCAGUCGUUUUGAUGCACUUGGGAUAAUUACGGUGGAGUGAUUGGUGUUGGAUUUAAUCAACGGAGGAAAUUCCGAUGAUUUGUUAAUUGAUUUAAUCUUGGAUGGGUGGAGCAAUCUGGGAAGGGAUCGAGAUCAUCUUUCUAACCUCCAGUUUCUAUAUGAUAACCAUGUGGCGAAAGAGCGGAGGCUGAGGACAAUAAACUGUGUCAAUUGCUGGGAUUUUAUCGAGUGACGAGUCGAGACGAUAUGGUGAUGAGAGGUGGAUGGAUUCUGCUUAAUAAUGGAUGCAUCAUAAGGAGAAUUAGUGAUAGAAUUAGAACUGGUGCUAGAUGGUACGCGUCAUUGCCAAAACUUACGCCUGAGGAGGUGACGAGAAUUCUGAGGACGAAUGAGUUUACGCAAGAAUUUGAGGGAGGACAGCCGAUUAAGUAUUAUGAUAGUAAUCAAUUGGCCUCGAAUAAUCCUCUGGAGGAUGCGAGGGCUGAGGGGAGGUGUCGGUUGACUAAUGGAUUACUUUUCGGAAUUUUUGAUGGACACGGGGGCAACUCCUGCGCUCAGGUCGUAUCGAAAAGAUUACUCCACUACAUUUCCGCGUGUUUACUCCCUCAAGAGAUUCUCCUUGACACCCUCAAAGAAUCGAAGACUCCGGAACAGCUCCGAGAUCACCUCCUAGAGAGUUUUCAUAACAAAACUGAAUUUGUGCCAGAGAUCGGAGAACUGUACGGGGAAAGUUUCCUUUCGUUUCUCAGCAAAGUGUCUCAGAAAGAUGGGGAUAACGGUGGAAUUGAAUCCGAUAUGGAGACGGCUUUUCUCAGCUUAGACAACGAUAUUUCUGAUGAGGCUCUGAGAAAAGUCAAAAGACAAAUCGAUGCCAGAACUCUUUCAGUCGCUAUGUCAGGAGCUGUAGCGGUUGUUGCUCAUGUUGAUGGACCUCACCUUCACGUUGCUGGAGUCGGAGAUUGUCAAGCAGUUCUAGGGGUGUACUCAGAAGACGAAGGUUGGUCAGCGAAAUUGCUGACUGUAGAACACAACACAGACAAUCGGGAAGAAGUCGAGAGAAUACUGUCAGAGCAUCCAGAGAAUGAGAGUCGAACAGUAAUAAAAAUGGAUCGUCUCCUGGGCCAAUUGGCCCCCCUCCGAGCUCUUGGUGACUUUCGAUACAAAUGGAGCAAGGAAUUAAUGAAGAAGAUAGUAGUGCCAUAUUACGGGGAUGGAGCUGUACCCCCGAAUUACCACACACCCCCCUACCUGACGGCAAAGCCCCAGGUGAUGUAUCACAGACUAACACCAAAGGACAAAUUCUUGAUAAUUGCUACUGAUGGUCUGUGGGAUUUACUAUCUCCUCUUGAAGCGGUUCAACUUGUUGGUGAACACAUGCGGGGAAAGCUCACGCUGAGUUCAUGGAAACCCCCAACUUCCAACAUGAAGCUGUCUGAAAUCAACGGAAUGCUGCAAGAAAGGAAAGAGGGGCUGAAGAAGAAACCCUUGGAUGAUAAUGCUGCCACGCACCUUCUCAGGAAUGCCCUCGGGGGCACAGAUCAUGGCAUUGACCAUGCUAAAGUCUCACAAUUUUUAACGUUACCCAACGAAGUCGUGCGGAUUUUCAGGGACGAUAUAACCAUAACUAUUGGAUACACUGAUACCGAAUUUUUGAGCCAUUGUUCAUCGUAGAAAUAUUUUUUUUUCAAUAGAUUCAUACAUUAAUGCGUUGUCUUAUCACAUUAUGUGUAUUAACAUAGAUAUGUCAAAGAUAUUUGAUUUCUGUACAUAUUUAUUGCUGUAAGCUUUAUUGAACUGUCAUGUGAUGUAUUGGACAUGCCACUUUUAUUUGGGAUAUCAUAAAAAUUUACAUUGGAGAAUAGUGGUGAAUUUAUUCUAGUGUGUCACAGAUAAAUAUACAUAUAUAAUGCAAUUUCAUUGUUCUUUUCAUUAGUUAUAAAGUAGAAUUGUUAAACAUGUAUAAUAGAUUUACUUUAUCCACUCGUGAGUUUUCCUUCGCUCUCGGGGCAAAAUAAAUACACGAAAUUAUGA